AUGGACGGCACACGCCUGCGUCGAAGUGUGGCGGCAAACGUUCGGCCGCCACUCGGGCAGCUCAAACAAGCGGUGCCUGUGGAUGUGACGGUGCUCCACACCGCGCCAUCUGCGUCGAUCCGUGUCACGACCACCCUCGACAAGACGGCGUACGACGAGUCAUGGGGCAUCCGCGGCUUUAAACUAUGA